GUGGAGAACUUAUACCUGCAAUAACUGAUUUUGUUUUGUUCAGGUGAUAAUUCUCUCUAGGUUCAUCACUUCUAGUGACCCCUUUCACAUUGUUUGAUAUAUAAAUUUUGAUUAUAUCCGCUUUAAGUAACUGGCCAAGCAGAGAACUUCAUUACACAAAUGAAGUCAUUGAUAGGUAGAAAAAAAUGUAAUGCUGUGGUGAAUAUCAGAUGGUUUUCUUCGAUAGUGAUCUUAGCUUUGAUUCAAAAAUCAAAUACACAACUAAAAGUGCCUUUAAUCACCCCGUGUGGAUCUGAGGGAAGCUCACCAGUUGACUUUUUAAAAAGCUGCUCUAAGAUGUAUCUACUUUAACCUUGUCUUUUUGUAGAACUGUCAUUUAAUUUCAUUUGAUCUUCAUUUUUUUGCACAUUCUCUGUCUCUGCAGUAUAUUCGUUACUUUUUCUGUAUCUUAUGUGUAUUUUUAAAUGUUACACUUUAUGACAUUUAUACAAAAUAAAUGGAAAUAUGGUAUCACAUGGUAGCUUGUCGACCUCAGUGCCUGUUCUGCAUGAGAUUUGUUUUCCUUUAAGACACAGAACAACACUCAGAGCAAACACAAUCCUUGUUCUGUAAGCUAUUCAAUACUAAAUCUCCUAUUAGUAUUCCAACUCCAGUCUGUUCUGUCCAGUGUCUCCUUUGCCUCCAUUGUUCGAAAUAAUCGCUUCAAAGACAGAUAUAUGGAAAUGUGAUUUCUAAUAUACAUCAUCUAUAUAGGAGUUCACUGUGCAUGUGGCUGUAUGUGCAUUUUAUUUGUGGGUCUCUUUCAUUCUUUAAGCAGUUCAACGGACAUUGAAACACCUGCAGCUUCUGUAGCCUUACCAUGUGAAUUAUAAAGGAAGUUGUUAAGUUUGCACAAGAAAUCUUUCAUGUUUGAUAAGUAAGCAUCAAAAAAAUAAAUGUCAAACUACUGCUCUUUGCUUGAGAGGGAAUCAAAGACGAUUGCAGUUACUUUAAUGAAAGGCGAAACCUACUGUGAGCUCUGGCAUGUGGCAGCAGACAAAAGCAGAAUAUGUCUUCAGUCAUCAUUUGUCAGUUAAGAAAGUUAAGAAAUCCCAUGAAAUUCAAUGAAGAGAACGUUAAGCCAUGUUUGUUUGUGUGUGAGAGGAUCGGAGAGAGAAAGAGAGAGACGUUCCAUGGUUGAGUAAUUGUAGUUGUUGCCCUGGUGUCAUCUCUCGUUCUUUCAGUGCCAUUUAGUAUGAGAGGUAUUUGUUAAGCUUGAAUGCUCCCAGACAAGCAGGGAUGAUAUACAUUGUGUUUGCCAAAGGAAAUGGGGGUCUGUAUACCAUGGCUUAUUUCAGUGCAAGCAAGGCUUUUGUGAAUUUGACAUCACUAUCUAAUUUCCAGUUCGAUUUGAUUUGAGAAAUUAUGAUGUUACAAUGACAACAUAUGCGAGCAGUUCAGGCUUAAUCAAACUAAAUUAGAAAUGAUCCAAAUUCAGAUGCAUGUCCUCAGUGUGUGGUUCAAUCACUAAAACGUGAAUUCAAAACAUAGAAUUAAACCAAAAUUAACAUGUAAUUGUCUGUCUUUUACCGUCCCACCUUACACUCUGGCAGAAAUAAUACAUUUACACACUCACACACUCAUAUACACACAUAGCAGGGAGGAAUUCUGAUUCAUUUCUAAGAAUCCCACACCUAGUGCAGCUCUGUCAGCUUGUCCAGCCGUGAUUCAAUCUAGAUAUGACUGUGUUAAUUAUAUCCUUGCAUUAUAUGUGGCAAGUGUAUUGAUGCAAUCACAAUUCUCCCCUUUGAUGGCUGUGUCAUAUCCCACAGUGCACCUUAGCUGUUUUAAAGCCACAUCACCAUGAAUGAUGGCUGGCAGCGGUCUGACCCACACACCCCUAGUGGUGGUUGCAUUUUAUUUUUUUUUAACAAAGCACCCUGUCUCUGCAAGAUGGAUUUGAAAUCACACAGCACCUCCUACUGUUUGAAAAACCACAUCUUGCUUGGUCACUGGAUCCAGUGGACCACAGCAAGUUAUUCAGGCAAGCUGUUAUAUAGUUAAGUGCUUGAUUCAUAGGGCACCAUUAUGUAGAAACUCCCAUAGAGCUGCCUUUGCAUGGGUGACAGAUUAAACAGUAAUAAUGUUCUUCCUCUCGCUUGAUUCAAAGUUAUGUGUCCCUGUCGAAAGACUUAAGACAUACUGUAGUGUGUCUUCCCUCAAGGUUAGGGUCUAAUAUGGCUUUAUUCACUCAGUGGCACUGUACUGGGUUAGGGUUGUGGUAAUCAAACCAGAUAAUUUGAUGUCUUUUGUCUCAAAAAGUGACCCUGCUUAAAAUGUGCUGAAACCCAGCAGCUCCCCAAGUCAUAAUUCUCAUCAUACAUUUUGGAAAUAAACAGCUAAUAACAAUAACAAAAACUUUGUGAAUGUAUCUGCUGUAAAUAUCUACUUAUUUCCCCACUUAUUAUCUCAUUUACUUUAUGUACUGUAGUUCUAUUUUGACUCCCAGUCAAGAGAAAAUGUCACAGUAAUCAGACAAAGUAACAGCUUACAGAGACAGUAGUAAAAAUGUCAAGCAGUGAUGAAUAAAGGUCUUUUUAUUUAGUAAUAUAAAUACGAGUUCACAUCCAUCCUAUUCUCAUUUUUAUUUAUUUAUGUGGUGAAUGAGAGGCACCUGAGAAACAACUGAGAUAAUUUGUGAAAUAGAUGGAGAUGUCAUGCUCAAAUUACCCAGACGUUCCCUCCUUCACACAGGAGCAGUGGGAGCUACCUAGAUUUUUUGCUUCAAUGUCUUUAAAUUAAUGAGCCGUUUUGUCAAGUGCAGAUUCAUCAUAGACACAUUUUGCUUGGAGUGAAGCAGACUUAUUCACAUCAUUCUGUCCAUUUAAUGUUGUUUGUUUCACAUAUCUCAAAGGAAAAAUAUGUCAGCGACUUGCUGAAGAUGCCUGGACUUUAUGUUGUUACAGUACCUAUAAUUUACAAUAGGCUAAUAUUACAAUCCUGUGCCAGAUAAGAGGAUCUAGAAACUGAGAAUGAAUUAAUAUUACAAAACAUAAAUCCAUGAAUAUGCCUCCCAUUUUUCACAAACUUACAGUAAUGUUGAUGAAACAAUUGCAAUAUCAAGAUAAAUGCACUAGAUGGCGCUGUGUGAGAGAAAGUUACUGAUCUCAUACGCACCACAAACUUCAAAAGAAAAUGCCAAGAGCUUCAAUUUUACAUUUGCGCCACCAACUUUGAUUAAGCCAAUAGAUUUUGCUUGAUUAGAUUAGAUGUUUUGUUGGCCUGUGGACUGACAGUAAACCCUGUGACAAUUUCCAAAGGGUGUGGGGUAUUUGACUUUCACAUAACUGGAGUUUAAAGGGGUAUAUAGUAAAUUAAGUGUGAAUCAAAAGCAGCCGUGAUGUUUCGUAAAAAAUGGAAAUGACCACCCCGUUAGGCCCUGUCAGUUUCUCCACAAAAACACUCACUAUAAUUGAGACAAGGUAAUGGCGCAAAUUUCUGAACAGUCUGAUUGAAUCAGCAAAUGUAAUUUGCUCGUUCAUGCUAUGAUUUCACACCGUGCAGAGGCUCAAUGAUCCUGAAUGUGGUGCGACACAGGGAGAAGCGCGCUGCGCUCCCGGUAGAGGUCCUGCGGGGACAGGAUCACACCUCACCGGCCGAGGCGGGGAUACAAACAUACUGGAGGCUUGAAAGCAGCUGAGCCAAAGGAUUUUUUACCCAGAGAGCACUCGGCUCGCUCCCACGGGCUGCUUCGGUUAAUUGUGAUCAGGGUGAGCGGGGUGGUCGCCGCCUGCAUCUCUUUCUGUAUGUGUGUGUAUGUGUGUGUCUCCCCUCCUCAGCGCACAGGCGCCCUGCACUCCAGUCUGCUGACACACCGGGAGGACAAUCUGCACUACACGUCCGUGUCAUUGGACUCUAUGUGGAUACAAAGCCCGGUCAACACAGAUCCAUGGGGAUACUGCAGCCUGCGACCUUUUACAUGAAAACUGAGCAGCACUGAAGGACCUCGGAGAGCCAGAGAACGAGUGCUGGCCUUCGUUUGACUGUGUGACCAGCGGAUGAGCCUUGUUCAUGCGUCUCCCUGCGUGCCACUCCCACAUCACUAUGAACUGUGAGCAGGACUUUGGAGACGGGGGCUUGGGAGUGACCCUCACACUACGACUGCUCAUGCAUGGAAAGGAGGUUGGCAGCAUCAUAGGAAAGAAAGGAGAGACGGUGAAACGAAUACGAGAAGAGAGCAGCGCUCGGGUCAACAUCUCAGAGGGCUCCUGUCCAGAGAGGAUCAUCACCAUCACUGGCUCCACAGACUGCGUCUUCAGAGCUUUCACCAUGAUCACAUACAAACUGGAGGAGGACCUGACUGCGCUGGUGGCCAAUGGCACCAUCAGCUCCAAGCCGCCAGUCACCCUGCGGCUGGUCAUCCCUGCCAGCCAGUGUGGCUCUCUCAUCGGGAAGGGAGGGGCCAAGAUAAAGGAGAUCAGAGAGAGCACUGGAGCUCAGAUACAGGUGGCAGGAGAUUUGCUGCCCAAUUCUACUGAGCGAGGGGUGACAAUAUCUGGAAAUCAGGACUCUGUAAUCCAGUGUGUCAAGCUCAUCUGCACAGUAAUCCUGGAGUCUCCCCCAAAGGGUGCCACCAUCCCCUAUCGACCAAGCCCCUCACCAGCUACAGUCCUCAUCGCGGGGAACCAGGUGUUUGAGGCGUCAGAAUUUGCACCCCACCCUCUGUACUCAGUCACCCAGGGUGGCCUGGACCUCCAGCAGGCCUACACUUUGCAAAACCAAUAUGGCAUUCCACAUUCAGAGCUGGCCAAGUUACAUCAGCUGUCAAUGCAGCAAGGCCUGAGUCCAAUUGCCCAGCCUGCUUCAACUAUCAUACCUGGGAUGGACUCCAACUCUCAGACGUCUCAGGAGCUGCUUAUUCCCAACGAUCUGAUCGGCUCGAUCAUCGGCCGUCAGGGCACUAAGAUCAACGAGAUCAGGCAGGUGUCAGGAGCUCAGAUCAAGAUCGGCAGCCAGCUGGACGGGACAAGUGACCGUCAUGUCACUAUCACAGGAACACCGGUCAGCAUCAACUUGGCCCAGUACCUCAUUACCUCCUGUUUAGAGACAGCCAAAUCCACGGCCCAGGCAGCCACCAUGGCAGCUCCGGUCGACCUCAACAUGGCCUUCACCCAGCCAGCCUCCCCAGCUGCCUCCCCCGCACCCACCCUGGCCACCAUGGGCGCCCUGACCCCGGCUCAUAUGCUGGGCACCCCGUACGGUGCCAUGCCCCUCUCCAGCCUGCUGGGGGUGAAGUCCGUCCCCUUUCUGACUCUGUCCAGCCCCGCCCCCACCGUCGCUGUCACUGCAGCGCCCUCCCACACCACUCUGGCCGCCUACACCGCCAAAAUCUCCUCAGCCAACUGCAUCAAAAAGCCAGAGAGACAGAAGUUUGCUCCUUACUGAUGUAGCCUCUCAGCUCCGUGUCUGGAGAGUCAGAUGAAGGACGGCUGCAGUGUUCUGCACAAACUCCUGAUGUAGCCAUAUCCUCUGGCAGAGAUGCUCUUGACUUUUAUUCUGUGACGCACCAACAGAGAAGAGACCAAUGGAGAUGUGGAUAAAGCUAUUCAAAAUGAUUUACGGUUAUAGAUAAUUUUGAGUUUCCCAUGAAUUGAUGGACUGCUUUCAUCGUCACCUCAUCACUGUUAUUGAUCACAAAAAAAGGGCUGGAACCUCACCUGAGAAACACAUGUUUAAAUAACAGUUUUCACAUGUGUAUCUCAAGUUAGAGAUCAGCUAUAAGUAUUUAUCCUUCAAUAAAUUUGUAAAUUAUACUCAGACGACAAAUGCUCUACUGUAUGACGCUUUUAUACAAUGUCUAUGUUUGCCUCUUGAAGUUUUUAAGAAAAUUUGUAAAUGUCUGGGGGGAGGGAUUUUGUUUUUUUUAAUAAUCUGUGCUAUGGUACUGUACUUUACUGUUCAGUGUUAUGUUCCUUUUGUUGGAUUUUAUUUUGAAUGUGCAACUUGUUAAAUCUUUAUUUAUUAGUAUUGUUUCAUUUAUUAAAACCCUUUGUUUCCUGACGUA